CGACGGGUGUGUGAUGCGCGCGUGAACAGAUCCGAUGAAGAUGGAGUCCGCCGUGGACUCAGCGUCGACCGCGAGCGAAGUGAGCGGCUCGUCCGGAGGCUCGCCGAGGGUGAAAGCGGCGUCGCCGGCGCGCGCCCUCAGCCCGCCGCAGAUGCUGGCGCCGCGGCUGUCGCUGCCGCCGCCGGGCCUGGGCCUGCUGGGCUCGCUGCAGAUGAUGCACCACUCGCCGCUCGAGCUCAUGGCGGCGGCGCACCACCACGGCCCGCCGCGCUACGGGAGCCCGCCGCCCAUCUCCACCUCCGACCCCUCGGCCAACGAGUGCAAGCUGGUGGACUACCGCGGUCAGAAGGUGGCCGCGUUCAUCAUCCAGGGAGACACCAUGUUGUGCCUGCCGCAAGCGUUCGAACUGUUCCUUAAGCACCUGGUGGGCGGACUGCACACGGUGUACACGAAGCUAAAACGCUUGGACAUAGUGCCGCUCGUGUGCAACGUGGAGCAGGUGCGCAUCCUGCGCGGCCUGGGCGCCAUCCAGCCGGGCGUCAACCGCUGCAAGCUGCUCUCCUGCAAGGACUUCGACGUGCUCUACCGGGACUGCACUACGGCAAGGUGCCUGUCAAUGAAAGCGCCAGACAGGUACUUCUCAAGCUCCAGACCGGGUCGACCUCCGAAGCGCGCGUCGGGCGUGGGUCUGUCGCUCGCCGCCACGCAGUUCCCUGGACACCCGUUCAAGAAGCACCGACUGGAGAAUGGGGACUACUCACCUUAUGAAAAUGGACAUAUGAGUGAAAUGGCUCGUAUGGACAAAUCCCCGCUCCUCGCGAACGGGUACAACGCACCCCCCACCCACCUCGGGCCCAUGGGCUUCAUGCACCAACAUGCGCUCAUGUCCCCUGGCAUGCCCCAUCCAGGCGUGCCCAGGCCUGACGGAUCCAUCAUCAAAGGACAACCGAUGCACAAUAUGGAAGCACUAGCAAGAUCUGGUAUUUGGGAGAAUUGUAGAGCAGCAUACGAGGACAUCGUAAAACAUCUCGAAAGGUUGCGUGAUGAACGGGGGGAUAUAGAACGUGUUAUAGCAAUGGACAAGGCGCGCGAGGGUUCACAUAAUGGUUCCUCUCCAGGCCACAGUCCUGUGCUAAACCUAUCGAAAUCUGGUUCCGGAGAGCGCGAGCGAUCGGAGCGGGACCGUGCGGAGCGGGGCGAAGGUUCGGCGAGCGGGCGCAGUUCCGCCGCCUCCCGCCGCACGCCGCAACCUCCGCGCAUACCUUCCACAGCCGCGGCGGCCUCCCCGCGCUCUCAUACCGAUGAGAGCGACGCGGUCCUGUCCGAUCAGGACGACCAUAAUGUCAAAGACGAAGAUGACGGAGCAGAUCUCAGCGAUGGCGAACGAGACCUCCCUACGAAUUCGUCGCCAGCGCCUGUCAGCUACCCCCCGCAAGGCUCGCCCUCGAACGUGCCCGUGGACCCCACGGCCGACACCCUGGUCUCCUCCACCGAGACCCUGCUAAGAAACAUCCAGGGACUCCUCAAAGUAGCGGCGGAUAACGCACGCCAACAAGAACGGCAAAUCAGUUACGAAAAAGCGGAACUAAAAAUGGACGUGUUAAGAGAAAGAGAAGUAAAAGACAACUUGGAAAGACAAUUACUGGACGAACAAAAAAUGAGAGUAAUGUAUCAGAAGAGAUUAAAGAAAGAAAGAAAACAGCGGCAACAAAUUCAAGAACAACUAGAACUGGAGCUAAAAAGACGGCAGAAGAUAGAAGAAGCACUAAAGCAGUCAGGAGCGCCCGGUGAAAUUCUCAGAAUAGUAACUGAGAAUUUAGCACCACCGUCCCAAGAAAACCGUGAACGUGAACGUGAACGUGAAAAUGGUACGGAGAGCAAACCUCCGAGCACAGAACCCCCCACCUCGUCGCCGCCGUUCCAGCGGGACCCGCCACGCACGCCUGACAAGCCGCAGUGGAACUACCCUCCUCCACCUGUGGACAUCAUGAGUGGGCAAGCUGCUUUCUGGCAGAACUACUCUGAAUCCUUGGCGCAAGAGUUGGAGAUGGAACGCAAAUCCCGCCAACAAGCCAUGGAGCGCGACGUGAAGAGCCCUCUGUCAGACCGCGCCAGCUACUAUAAGAACUCGGUGCUGUUCAGCUCAGCCACUUAGCUGGCAAGCACCGGGGCCACGGAUAUCCCCGACAACCAUCAAUACGAAAAAGAAAGCGACGACACGAGAAAACCCAUCAUAAGCGUUAAACCUGAAUUCAGGGAAAAAUAGGACUUCUGAAGAUUUACUUAUCUUCAGAAAGACGUCCUAUCGAUCGGACUUCUGUGAAAGGUUCACUGUCACGUCUUAUUCCGAAACGAUAAGCUCGUUUGUAAAUUUAAAAAUUAUUUAACUAAUAUUAUUAUUUAGCGUUAACAUUUUCAUUGUAUCGGGAUCUCGAUGAAGUAUUACUACUUUGAGAUUAAUUGUAAAUACUGUUAUUAAAUUCGAAAUAAGCACAUAGAUUUCGUGACGCAUGGCGAAGUCGCAAAAAAACUCUUCUUCCAUAGUGAAAUUUGUAAAUAUUUCUUAAUAUUUUUAGAUUUAAGUCUCAGCGGUUUAUCGACGAUGACACAUAUAAUUUAUUCGUCAACAUUUAAUCUUUUACGAAAUGUACCUUUAAACUUAUUGUUAAAUGCCAUAUUUAAACAUAAGUAUGAUUUACAAGUUAAAUAUUUAAAUAAGCAAUCAGCCUUAGCUUAAUUAUUGUUUUUAUCAACAAUUCACGAUGAUUGUGUAAAAUCCCCCUAGUUGAACACAAAACGGUUGGAAUUGACCUAAGACUGCUUUUCAAUUGCUUUUCGAGCGUUUGUAAACAAAGAUUCACUUUUCUACUUACUAGUCGAUUGAUUUACAAAAUAAGUUUAAGCUGCAGUAUUGAAAGCUGUUAAAUUGCCAAAAAUAAAAACAUUUGGAAAACAAUCGUUAUUGUCUUCUUACAUAAAUUAUGGCUUUUAAAAAGCGAAAUAGAACAAGGUGUAUAAUUUUUCGUUCAACAUAAUGUGAUCUUCAACAUCAUAAAUUAUUCAAUUUUAGUGCAAUGAUUAGAUAUAACUGGUAACUAGAAUAAUCGUUAAAAAAAUAGAAAUGUACGAUAGCUAUAUUAAGUUAGCUGUUUUGAUGGUUAAUUUUACAAAAAAAUGUUAUUGACUGAUUACCCACAAAGAUAGAUUUUGGCGUUCAAUAAAAUGUAAGCGGUUUCUUUGUAUUUAAGGCGUUGUACCAUAUUAUCUCAUAUCCAUGAUCCAGUCGGUGUACGUGGGUAGUUAUUUUUAUUAAGUGCGGUAGAUUUAAACUAUAUAGUAUAAAGUAUAAAAUAGUGUUAUUUAUAUCGAUGCUUAGUUUACGAAAUGACUUUAAACGUCUAAAAUAGUAUAAAUAAGAUUUAGACAUUGUAUCGAGCGUUGCAUUGGCGCUUGGCUGUUACAAAAACAAAAUUCCUGAUCGACAUCCAAUAUAAACCAAAAUUGGGUAUGAAUGAAAUGAGUGUAUAACAAAAGUCAAGCGCCGAUACUGAGACGAUAAUUUCUUACAUAUUAUCUGUAAUGGAUAAUACGACGUAAAAAAACUUAGCUGUUACUAUAAAUGUUUAGAUGAAUGAUGUGUGGUUGUAUACAGCGCGUGAAUGUGAAAUUUAAUAUCAGUUCUUUCAGUUUGAUUAUAAAUGUGAGAAAGUUUAACUGUUCAAAGUUCAGACAGACAGUAACAAUAUUAGUGUAGGGUUUCCUUUGUCAAUUAUAUGUCGAGGCUUAUCAGUGUACACUUUAAUACCUUGGUUAUUGCAGUUCGUAAAGCGAGUUACUAUUUAUUAUUUUUAUUAUAAUUAUUACUAUUAAUUUACUUAAAAUUGUGUGUGUGCCUUGUAUCGUAGAGGAAAAUAUCAAGAUUAAAAAGGAAAAUUAUCA